GGCGCAAUGAGCUGGGCGGGGUUUGUUGUGUCCUCCGAGAAAGAAAGAACGACUGUGUCCAGACGUUGGUCGCCAUUUUGAGGACUCACAAAAAAAUUGUGAGAGGCAGUUUUCACGCAGCAACUUUUACGGCUUUAUUCAUUUCCGUCGAUUACAGGAUCAAUGUCUCGAUUUAAUCAUAAUCGUGGUGGUCUUGGGAUGAAUAAUUUUCAGCCUCGCAGAGGUGGUGGGCCCGGUGGCCCGAUGCAUGGUGGGUACAUGGCGAACCCCCAUUUCAGGAAUCAUCCUUUCGCAAACCCGAACCAAAAUCGCAGGGGAGCGAAUAAUUUCAACAAACCGCAAAAUCAAGGACCACAGAACAGUCCACAGAAGCCACAACAGAACCAGUCGAUGCCAAUCAUUCCGGCACCGAGCCCCGGCCCGGCGCUCACGAUGAAAGGCCCGAUGCAGCAGGAGCAGCCAAAACCGGCCCAACCGCAACAGGAGCAACCGAAAGCGGCGCAACCGGAGCCGCAAAAACCCAACAACCCCGCAGCCCAGCCGAAGAUCCAGCCACCACCACCGAAGCCAAACGUGUCCUCCAUUCCACCCAACCAGGCAAAUCAGAACCAGCAGCUCAAGCCACCGGUCGGAAACGCAAACGGACAGCAGCAGAAGCAGCCCCCCCAACAAAGCCCCAAGCCCGGUGCCCAGCAAGGCCCCAAGCCGGUUCCCCAGCAGAGCCCCAAACCAGGACCUCCAGAGGGCCCGAAAGGCGGACCCCAACAUGGACAGAAGCCAGGUCCCCAGCAAAGCCCAAAGCCAGGUCCCCAGCAAAGUCCAAAGCCUGGUCUCCAGCAGGGCCAAAGACCAGGUCCCCAACAGAGCCCAAAGCCUGGCCCUCAGCAGGGCCAAAGACCAGGUCCCCAGCAGGGUCAGAAGGCAGGUUAUCACCAGGGCCAAAGGCCUGGUCCUCCUCAGGGCCAGAGAACCGGCCCCCCACAAGGCCAAAGAGGACCUCAGCCAGUCAGAGCACAAUCUAAGGCAGACACCAGUAUCAGUGAGUCUGACGGCAGCAUGGAGAAGGCGUUUAAGGCAACCUUGUCCAUGCUGUUGAAACCCGGAGAGAAGUCCUACACCCAGAGGUGUCGUUUGUUUGUUGGUAAUCUGCCCAAUGACAUCUCAGAGGAUGAUUUCAGGAAGAUGUUUUCAAAGUAUGGCGAGCCUUCUGAGGUCUUUAUCAACAAAGGCAAAGGCUUUGGCUUCAUCCGACUGGAGUCCAGGGCACUGGCAGAGAUUGCCAAAGCAGAGUUAGAUGACACUCCAAUAAGAGGCAGGCCUUUGCGUGUUCGUUUUGCCACACACUCUGCGGCACUGUCUGUGAAGAAUCUUUCUCCAUACGUGUCCAACGAGCUUCUGGAGGAAGCCUUCUCCCAGUUUGGUAUGGUCGAGAGGGCCGUGGUAGUUGUUGAUGAUCGCGGUCGCUCUGCAGGAAGGGGCAUUGUUGAGUUUGCAUCCAGGUCAGCUGCUAAGAAGGCCCUGGAUCGGUGCAAUGACGGCGUCUUCCUCCUCACCACGUCACCUCGUCCUGUGGUCGUCGAGCCCCUGGAGCAGUAUGAUUGUGAAGAUGGUCUUCCAGAGAAACUGGCCCAGAAGAAUCCCAGAUAUCAAUCGGAGCGUGAGCAGCCUCCUCGCUUCGCCCGUCCGGGCACCUUUGAGUUCGAGUAUUCCAAACGCUGGAAGUCCCUGGACGAGAUGGAGAAGCAGCAGAGGCAGCAGGUGGAGAAGAACAUGCUGGAAGCUCGGGAGAAGCUGGAGAGUGAGAUGGAGGAUGCCUACCACGAGCACCAGGCUAACAUGCUCCGGCAAGAACUGCUAAGACGGCAGGAGGAGCUAAGACGCAUGGAAGAGAUGCACAGCCAAGAGAUGCAAAAGAGGAAAGAAAUGCAGCUCAGACAAGAGGAAGAACGGCGCAGGCGGGAAGAGGAGAUGCUGCGCAAGAGAGAGAUGGAGGAACAGAUGCGGCGCCAGCGCGAAGAGAACUACAGGAUGGGCAACUUCAUUGAUAGGGACAGGGAGAUGAGGAUGCAUGCUGGUGGAGCUAUGGGCAUGGGCGGAGACAUGGCCUUUGGAGCGGCCAACCAGAAGUUCCCAAUGAGUGGAAUGGGCUUUGAGAACCAGCAGGGAAUGGGAUCCGCUGCAGGAGGCCUGAUGAACAACGAAAUGCGCAACGAGCGCUUUGCCCAGGGCGGCGCGCGGGGGAUGGGUCCUGGUGCCGCCGGGUUCGGCCGGGUCCGUGAGGAGUUUGACGGUCCCCUUAAGAAACCCCGUUUUUAA